AUAGUGAUUCAUUAAUCGAUUUCAAGAUGCAUGUAACAUUGCUUCGAAUCAAUGGCAAAACGUAUAAAAUGUUUCAAUUUUUGUACGGACUCGGGAAAAUAUUUUUAGUAUAAAGCGACGCUCGUAUUGAUCGCAGAAUUACGCGCAUACUCUUUCGAAAAUAAUGUUAAUUAUUCUCUGCCUGUAUGAGAAGCGAAAAACAAAAAUAAGGGCCGAAUAAAACAGAAAAUGUGUACCUAAAUUAGUAGCACGGAUGUAAAACAUAUAUAUCCAAAUAGCGAAUAUAAAGCAAAGUCCGGAACGGUGAUAGUGUUUUGUCCAAACAGUGUAUUUAGUGCAACGAAAUCAUGAAUUCUCCAGUACUUAGGACCGUAUCUGUCCUUUUGGGUACCUUUUUUAUUUUCGUAGGAGUAUUUAAAAUCUCCAGUGUGGUGUCCAAAGAAUUGCAUAAAGAUUUGCGGAAAGAGUAUGUUAAAUAUGCAAGUUUUUUCCCUUUGGCACAAACGCUGAACUUUAAGGUGCCCUCCAAGUGGUACCGGAGAACUAUAGGAGUGCUGGAAAUUGUCUUUGGUACAGCUUUGGCGUUCUUUCCAAAUCACAAAGUUAAAAAUGCAGCUAACACGGUUUUGCUUCUCCUCACCGUUAUGGCCAUGUACACUCACUACAUGGUAGCUGACCGAUUUAGUCGAACAGCGCCCGCCAUCGUAUUUUUCUUUCUACUCGUUGGAAGGUUAGGGAUAUUUUACCAGCUUCAGAAGAGAGAACAGCGAUUAAAGCAGCAACCUAUUAGUAACGGGAUCAAACAAGACUAAUAAGCUUAUCGUCGAUAUCCAGGAUUUCCUUCUGGAAUCUCACUGGACGUUGCGAUAUCGAAUAAGAGCACACGUUCUACUAAAUCUAAUUUUUAUAGAUAAUAAUUAUGCGUUAAUUUAUGCUGAUAAUUAUUAAUUUAUGCGCAAUAAAGGUUUCUGAGAAAUUUUAAAAAUUAUUCACACAUUUGAGCCUAUAAGACUCUUUACAUUAGCAUUUCUCAAUAUUGUAUAAUAUAGUAUAACUUUAAUGGCGUGGUCCAGUUUUAAGAGGGUCUCCCUGUAUAAUGUAUAUCGAGAUGGAGGUUUAUAAGGUAAUAACUAAGAACGCGUACCGGAUCAAGGGUCAAAAGCUGAGCGAAUACCGGUAUUAUAUUAUUUUUGUUAAGUCUUUGUACUUUUUAUUUUUAUAUUUUCUUAAAUUUGGUGUCUGUUUUCAUUAUUCCUGUUUUUAUUGUCGCAAUGAUAAUGAACUGAUGAUGUACUACAUUAUUUGUUCUUUGUCUCUUUGCUUUUGAGCGACUUAUAUGUAAUACUUAUUUAUAUCUACUGUUCGUAAGUAAAAUAUAGUCUAAGAUAAUGUACUAUUAGGGCAAUUUGUAAGAGUAUAUAUAAGAAGUUUUUAGAAGAGCAAUUAUUGUCUAGUCAAAAAUAUGUUUUAGCUAAAUGAAAUGCACUAAGAAAGUACAAUUGAUAUAAAAAUAAAUAUAAACAAUUCUCAGCAUAUUUUUUCGAGAAAUUGCAGCCUAAUUUGACAAAGUUUUACUUUAUUAUUUAAAAAUUAUCCUUCAGAAUGUUAUAAUACUAAAUAUUGUAUAUUUAAGAAAGGUCGCAGUACGAUAAAGCAAUUGCUGCAGAAUAUGCAUAUUUUUGGUCAAGUCUCGCAAAAUGCUAUACAUUUAAUAAUAGAAACCAUCAACUCAAUAAACAUACUUUGAAGAAUUUUGAAUAAAUAUCUAUAGAAAUUUUGCAUAAUCUCAUAAAAAUUCAAUAUAUGACAACUAUCUUUAAAGAUUAGGAGGCUAUUAGAAUAUACUAGGCUACUUCUAGAAAGUAAAAUAACUUUAAGAUAACAAUCUUACUUUAGAUAAUAAAUGUGUACAUGUAGGAAGAGUAGAAUUAGAGUUUUUAUAGUGUCAAAAUUGAAAAAUACAUACAUACAUAAGUAGCUUGAA